AUGUGGUCAUCAAUACGACGACCAGGACAGUUUCCGAAGAAAGGUAACAAUGUGGCCCCUCAAACGUCUGCCACUUCGAUAGCUGCUACUGCUGCCAUGCACGCUGUUCUUUCUGGGCCGGAUGGUUGCAAAUCACCUUAUGGUCUGAUUAACAAUGGGUUCAACCGUAUAACUAAAAAGAUGGAAAACGAUUCCAAGAACACAACUCGUGAAAAUAUUCCAUUACAUCCGUUGCUGCUGGAUGGAAGCAGUGGUGAUCAGACUGGACGCCUCCACCUCAAAUGCGCCAAUUUAAAUAGCUCUCUCGUCAAGUCAAUUCGAGAUGCUCCUGGUGUUUGUUGGCUUUGCCCCCAGUGCCGAGUCCAAUCCAACCGGAACAAUUCGUCCAAUGAUACUAUGAAUCUAAUUCUACAACGCACGAACACUGCUUUAAAACUGAUUGGUGGUUUGUCGGAUACCAUGCAGAUUAUCUGUCGUAUGUAUUCUCAACAAUGUACGAAACCAAGCUGUCAUUCCGGACUUCGCAAUAACGCGGAUAAAAUCAGCAACGAUGGCGCCCCAUUCCUUGAGUUUCUCGACGAUUUGCAAUUCAACAUUAGCAACCUCUACGAAUCGUUAAUUGACGACAACAAUAAACGGCCUCGCACAAGCAGUACUUCCAGACCAUCCCUGUCGCAACCUGAUAAAAUACCGAGAGUCGACGUUCCUAUAUCCAGUCCUUCUGCCACAAACAUUAUAGCUUCCUCCGUUUCAGAUUCGAAUAGUCACACGAAUCUGCUACCCGGCUCUUCAAACUCCGACGGCAUAAUCACAAACGAUCAACUUAACAACAGUACCACCUGCGGUCUACCGUAUGCCUCUGCUUCAUCCGUUCACAGCCGAAUGGACUUCUUCGACUCCACCGCCGCGGCACCGACUGCUGCUGCCAGUUCACAUUUCAACCCAGCACCCACUAAUACCAUUACAACUGACUUCGAACCAACCGAAACUGAAACUACAACUACCGUCGUUGACCCGAUCGCCACUAAUGCUCAACAUGCCACUCCAUCGGCGCUGAAUACGAUCACCACCAACAUCACCUUUGCUCCACUGCCCCCACGUACUGCAUCAGCUCGCCCGCCAGCUCCUACCGCCACUGCCUGCCUAUCUGUACUGCCACCGCCACUCCUCACUGCUACUACCACCAGCUCCGCCAACGCAAACGCAUUCUGUAACGCCCUACAAAAUCAUUCAUCAUCUGGUAUCGCCUCGUCAUCUACAUCUACUGCACAACCCACUACUUUAACUCAUGCUGCAUCACGUUACAUCCAUUCGACGCUAGUCGAUACGAACACAUUAAGGAACCCGCCGCUUAUCAAUCAAAACAACUCCGCCAGGCAAGUCAAUGUUAUCUCUAAUAUACCAUACGUUGGCCCCAAUCAGUUCCGUGUACCUCGCCCUGCUGGAUCACACGGCUAUAGUAACGACAGUCAGGAUAACCAAGCCAAUCAAAUCACACCCCUUCUGGUAGCCCCCACCACUCAGCAUGUACCAGUCGCCUCUUACGAAG